AUGGAACAGCCCGAGGACAUGGCGUCGCUGAGCGAGUUCGACUCCUUGGCGGGCAGCAUCCCGGCCACCAAGGUGGAGAUCACCGUGUCCUGCAGGAACCUUUUGGACAAAGACAUGUUUUCCAAGUCCGACCCACUAUGCGUCAUGUAUACUCAAGGGAUGGAGAACAAGCAGUGGCGGGAGUUUGGACGCACUGAAGUCAUCGACAACACACUCAAUCCCGACUUUGUGCGCAAAUUCAUUGUGGAUUACUUCUUUGAGGAGAAGCAGAACCUCCGUUUCGACCUAUAUGACGUUGACUCAAAGAGCCCUGACUUAUCCAAACACGAUUUCCUGGGCCAGGCCUUCUGUACCCUCGGAGAGAUUGUGGGGUCCCCUGGGAGCCGCCUGGAGAAGCCCCUCACGAUAGGAGCAUUCAGCCUGAAUUCCAGGACGGGCAAACCCAUGCCAGCUGUGUCCAACGGUGGUGUCCCAGGGAAGAAAUGUGGCACCAUCAUCCUGUCUGCUGAGGAGCUCAGCAACUGUAGGGAUGUCGCCACAAUGCAGUUCUGUGCCAACAAGCUGGACAAGAAAGAUUUCUUUGGGAAGUCCGACCCCUUCUUGGUAUUCUACAGAAGCAAUGAGGAUGGAACGUUCACCAUUUGCCACAAGACCGAGGUUAUGAAAAACACCCUAAACCCAGUCUGGCAAACUUUCUCCAUUCCUGUGAGAGCCCUCUGCAAUGGGGACUAUGAUCGGACCAUCAAAGUGGAGGUGUACGACUGGGAUCGAGAUGGCAGCCAUGACUUCAUUGGGGAGUUCACCACCAGCUACCGGGAGCUGGCCCGCGGGCAGAGCCAAUUCAACAUCUAUGAGGUGGUAAACCCAAAAAAGAAAAUGAAGAAAAAGAAAUACGUGAAUUCUGGCACAGUCACACUGCUUUCCUUUGCUGUGGAGUCAGAGUGCACAUUUCUCGACUACAUCAAAGGAGGGACCCAGAUCAACUUCACAGUGGCCAUUGAUUUCACGGCCUCCAAUGGGAACCCCUCGCAGUCCACGUCCCUGCACUACAUGAGCCCCUACCAGCUGAACGCCUAUGCGCUGGCGCUGACCGCCGUCGGGGAGAUCAUCCAGCAUUAUGACAGCGACAAGAUGUUCCCUGCCCUCGGCUUCGGGGCCAAGCUGCCCCCUGAUGGCAGGGUGUCCCAUGAGUUCCCACUGAACGGCAACCAGGAGAACCCCUCGUGCUGCGGCAUUGAUGGCAUCCUGGAGGCCUACCACCACAGCCUGCGCACCGUGCAGCUCUAUGGCCCCACCAACUUCGCCCCUGUGGUCACCCACGUGGCCAGGAACGCAGCCGAGGUGCAGGACGGCUCCCAGUACUCGGUGCUACUCAUCAUCACAGACGGGGUCAUCUCAGACAUGGCACAGACCAAGGAGGCUAUCGUCAACGCUGCCAAACUCCCCAUGUCCAUCAUCAUCGUUGGCGUGGGCCAGGCAGAGUUUGAUGCCAUGGUGGAGCUGGACGGUGAUGACGUGCGGAUCUCCUCCCGGGGGAAGCUGGCUGAGCGGGACAUUGUCCAGUUUGUACCCUUCAGAGACUACGUGGACCGCACGGGCAACCACGUGCUGAGCAUGGCGCGACUGGCCCGUGACGUGCUGGCUGAGAUCCCCGACCAGCUGGUGUCCUACAUGAAGGCACAGGGCAUCCGCCCACGCCCCCCACCUGAGGCCCCAGCGAGCUCACCCCCGCAGUCCCCAGCCCACACGCCCCCUGCCUCCCCUCUGCACACACACAUCUAAGCCUGGCCCAUGCAUGGCAGGCGGCUGGAGCCCGGGGAGGCCAGUAGAAGGGUAGGCAGGGUCCUAGACACCGCUACAGUCUGCCCUGCUUGGCCUUUGGAACCCGUGUGCCUGGGCGGCUGGCAAGGGGCAGGGCCUCUGGAGAGUCCUUCCCAACUUCUUGGUCUCACUUAUGACCCAAACCAUGGGAGUUGGGGGCUACAGAUGGUAGAGAUGGGGUUCUGGGCCCCUGCUCUUCCCUUCUUCCCAUGACACCUGGUUCUAGCCCAACCAGGAAGGUGUUAAAACCAACAGGACGAUUGGAGUCCCUCUCAGCCUACCUGGGCAGUCCCACCUGCUCCUGUGUGGCCCUGAAGCCUGGGCUGCUCUGCCCUCCUCCCGUCCCCCUUCUCCCUCCCCUCCUGUGCCAUCCAUUCCUCUACCUGGCCCCUGACCCUCACCCCAGUAUCUAUCCUUUCUUUCUUCCUAGUGAACCCCAUGAGCUGAUGGGUUGGCACAAAUACCUGAACACGUGACCACCCCCAGAGUCAGUUGCUUGCAACGGGAACCCUGCAGAUAUAUAAAGGGGAGGUGGUGAUGGUAGACUGUAGGUCACGUGAUGGGCCAGGAAUAGAGGUUUUUAAGGCACAGAGUCCUUUCAGGUGCCUCUCAAGCCCAGGUGACACUGGUUCUAGACAUAGAUCCACAGGCCUCUCCCUAGUGUGGGCCCACAGGCCCCUCCUCCUUCCCCCAGAGGCUGCCCGGGGUCGUUGGCAACCACUCCUCUGCUACCCACCUGGAGGCCUGGGUGAGGAACAGCCCAGCCCCGCACUCCCACACGGCCCUUUUAUCCCACAGUGAUAGGAGAUGGGAGUCCUGGGUUCAAGCCCUGCCUAUAGCCCCUGCAUGCUGUGGGAACAGAAGCAAGGCCCUUCCUGCCUUCUGGAUCUUGGUUUCCACAUCUGUAAGGCAAGAAGGUUGACCAGAUAGUCUAGGAGUUACCUUCAGUUCUUACAUCCUGAGAGUCCAUUCAUCCCAUGCCCAGCUUCCCUCAUCCCUUUCCUCACCAGUGCAACCUCUCACCCCAGGCCGUCUUGGCUCUCGGGUCACCCUGUUCCAUCGCGUCACCCCAAAUCCACCCUAGUCCUUCAGCUUUGAGCUCUGGAGUCUGAACCCGAACCCCUGCUGCUGCUGUGGGAAAGGCGAGAAAAGUGAUCUCACCCCUGACCCACCCAGCCGCCCAGCCUUUACCUGGGAAUAGGCCAUGCAUGCCAGUCCCUUCUGCUGCAUGGGGCUCCUCAGCCCACUGAACCUCCCGUUGCUGGGAGGAGACCAGGCCCUGCCCUGUCUGCUGCCCAACACCACUCCCUUCCCGUCGUGCAUGAUGGUGGUGUUUCUACGCUGUCUGGUCCUGUGCCCGUGUCUGAGACAGUCUCUGUGUGGA